AUGGCUGGCAGUCCCGGAUAUACACAUGGCAGUCCCCCACCUAUGGUUUUUCCACCUAUACCAGAAAGAGCAAUCCCACACUUGAAACCAUUAUAUGUUAACGCUCACAUUUGUGGUAAGCCGAUUAACAAGGUUUUCAUUGAUAAUGGAGCUGUCUUCAACGUCAUGCCUCUCAAAACAUUGAGGAAGUUGGGCAAAGAAAUUGGUGAUUUGUCUCCAGUAGAUAUCGAGAUGACAAGCUUCACGGGGCAACCAACGAAACCAGAAGGGAUGAUAGUAGCUUUUAUUGAAGUUGGACCGAAAGUGAUUUCAACGGAAGGAGAUCAAGUGUUCAGAAUGGACGCCAACACAAAUCCGUUCGGCUCCAUAGAAGUUGUGGAAAAGUCGGUACCCAAGAUGGUCAGGGUAAGUGGUUUGUUGUCUAAAAACCAGCAGGAGCAAAUGGUAACGCUAAUUCGGGUUCACAUGGAGUGUAUGGCAUGGGAUUACUCCGAGAUGCCCGGAUUGGCACACGAUUUGAUAGAACAUAGGUUGCUUAUUAAGAAAGGGUUUAGGCCAUAUAAGCAACCACCAAUAAGAGUUAGUCCAGAAUUGCUACCCCAGAUCAAAGAAGAGAUUGAGAAAUUAUUGAAGGUAGGAUUCAUUCAACCAUGUCGGUAUGCAGAAUGGUUAGCCAAUAUUGUUCUGGAUGAGUAUGUGAUGCCCAUAGCCAAUAUGUUGAUCGACUCGGCAGCAGGGCAUCAAAUUUUGAGCUUGAUAGACGGGUAUGCAGGGUAUAAUCAAAUCUCACUAGCGGAGGAAGAUAUACCCAAAACCGCGUUCAGAUGCCUAGGAGCUUUAGGAAUCUACGAAUGGACGGUUAUGCCGUUCGGUUUAAAGAAUGCCGAAGCAACUUAUCAAUGGGCAAUGAAUACCAUCUUUCAUGAUCUUAUCGGGCAAUCCAUGGAGGUAUAUAUUGAUGAUGUGAUCAUUAAGUCUAAAGACUUUGAUACACACUUGGCGGAUUUGAAAAAUGUUUUUUUGCGGAUGAAGCAGUACAACCUAAAGAUGAAUCCAACCAAAUGUGCCUUUGGAGUUUCGGCAGGAAACUUCCUGGGUUUUCUAGUGCAUGAAAAGGGGAUAGAAGUCGAUGCAAACAAAACCAAGGCUGUUUUGACAGUACAACCACCUCGGUCGGUCAAAGAAGUGCAAAGUUUGUUGGGUAAGGUAAAUUACCUAAGGCGUUUCAUAUCAAAUGCUGCAGGGAAGUUAAAACCCAUCACAAAGUUACUAAAGAAUAAGGCAACGGAUUUCUCUUGGGGUCCGGAGCAGCAAGAGGCAUUAACCAAACCACCCGUGUUGGUUCCCCCAAGAGGAGAUCAACCUAUUAGACUGUUUGUAGCAAACAGUUUCGAUGUGAUGAGCAGUCUGUUACCACAAGAAUGGGAAGACGAUAAGGAAAGGGCUAUUAAUUAUUUAAGCAAAACUCUAGCAGGACCAGAGUUGAAUUAUACUAUGCCCGAGAAAAUGUGUUUUUCUUUAGUUUUUGCGUGUACUCGGUUGGAGCAUUAUAUUCUGCCAAGAGAAACCGAAGUGGUUUCCAAAGUGGAUAUGAUCAGAUUAAUUAUGCACAAACCAACCAUGCAAGGAAGGUUAAUGAAAUGGGCUAUCAAGUUAGCUCCUUUCGCGCUGCAACACCGACCUAUCAAAGCGGUGAAAGGGCAGGUUGUGGCCAAGUUGUUGGCUGAAUUUUCGAACAACGAACCAGUGGAAAACAAAAUGGUGCCGUAUAUAGGCAGUAGUCCUUGGAAAAUGUUUUUUGAUGGUUCUCGUUCAAAAGGGAAAUCAGUAGCAGGAGUUAUAUUAGAAGGACCUGGAGCCCGCAAGAUAAGUUUGCAACUUCAAAUGGAGAAGAUGACUCAUAAUUCUGCCGAAUACGAAUCAUUUAUUUUGGGUCUGGAAGCACUUGUGGCCAAAGGAGCGCAGACGGUUAUGAUUUGUGGAGAUUCUCAACCAGUCAUCAAUCAGGUGUUAAAACGGUACGCUUGUAAUUAUCCUCAUCUGCGUCAAUAUCGAGAUUUGGUAUAUCACCUAUUAUAUAGAAUUGCGGAGGUGCUUAUUGAGCAUGUACCAAGAACAGAGAAUCGACAAGCAGAUAAUUUGGCUCAGAAUGCUUGUCAGCAAAUAAUUGGUAAUGUUGAUACCAAUAAUGAUUGGAGAACAGAGAUUAUGAUUUAUCUGGAAUCACCAAAUUCUGUGACUCCUGUGAGCAUUCGAUUGAAAGCAUUACGUUUCCAGCUUAUUGAAGGGGUUCUAUAUAAGAGAACCUUUGAAGGAGUAUUAUUGAGGUGUUUGGGGCCAGAAGAAUCCAUCAAAGUAAUAGAAGAAGUUAAUGGUGGAAUUUGUGAGGCACACCGAGCGGGAUUAAAUAUGCGAUGGGCUAUUCAUUGUAUGGGAUUCUAUUGGCCAAAGAUAUUUGAUGAUUGUAUCAGAUUUGGUAAAGGGUGUCGGGAGUGCCAGAGGCAUGGUCCAUUAAAUCAUCUGCCAACGGUACAUGAUGUGACCAUCAUGACGGAAUUGGACCCAAUCAUAAUUCCUCAUGGACCAAUCACUAGGAGCCGAGCCCGUAAAUUUCAAUUGGCAAUAACAAAGUGUGCCAAACUUCAAAUGGAUGCCACUGCUGAACUCUACAACGACGAUCAAAAUAAACCAUGCAUUCUUCUGGAAAUUGGAUCACAAGUCCCAAGGACCAUAAGGCCAGGAGCACCUUACAAGGCAUUGGACCUCCCCUAA